GGAGCACGGGGGGCCACGGGUCGCCCCCCGCCGAUGAGCCGCCGCGGAGCGCGGGCGGACGAUGGAACUCCACAUCCUGGAGCAUCGGCUGCAAGUUGCCAGCGUCGCCAAGGAGAGUAUCCCGCUCUUCACCUACGGCCUCAUCAAACUUGCCUUCCUGUCCUCCAAGACCAGGUGCAAGUUCUUCAGUCUGACGGAGACGCCAGAGGACUACACCAUCAUCGUAGAUGAGGAGGGCUUCCUGGAGCUGCCCUGCUCCGAGCACCUGAGCGUGGCGGAUGCCACCUGGGUGGCCCUCAACGUGGUUUCCGGCGGAGGCGGCUUCUCCAGCUCCCAGCCCAUCGGCGUGACCAAGAUCGCCAAGUCCGUCAUCGCCCCACUGGCCGACCAGAACAUCUCGGUGUUCAUGCUGUCCACUUACCAGACGGACUUCAUCCUGGUGCGUGAGCGAGACCUGCCGUUCGUCACCCACACCUUGUCGUCAGAGUUCACCAUCCUGCGGGUUGUCAAUGGCGAGACGGUGGCAGCUGAAAACCUAGGCGUCACCAACGGCUUUGUGAAGCCCAAGAUGGUCCAGAGGCCGGUCAUCCACCCGCUGUCCAGCCCUAGCAACAGGUUCUGCGUCACCAGCCUGGACCCCGACACGCUGCCUGCUGUCGCCACCCUCCUCAUGGACGUCAUGUUCUACUCCAGCGGGGCGAAGGACCCCAUGGCAGCUGGCGAGGACUGCGGCCACAUCCGCUUCUUCUCCUUCUCCCUCAUCGAGGGCUACAUCUCCCUGGUGAUGGACGUGCAGACCCAGCAGAGGUUCCCCAGUAACCUGCUGUUCACCAGUGCGUCUGGAGAGCUGUGGAAGAUGGUGCGGAUUGGCGGGCAGCCCCUGGGAUUCGACGAGUGCGGCAUCGUGGCCCAGAUCUCCGAGCCCCUGGCUGCGGCCGACAUCCCCGCCUACUACAUCAGCACGUUCAAGUUCGACCACGCGCUGGUUCCAGAGGAGAACAUCAGCGGGGUGAUCAGCGCCCUGAAGGUCAGCCAGGCGGGGAAGCACUAAGGGCGUCGCUCCCCGCUGUAUUUCUCCAGAGAACCGGGAGACCGGCAGGCCGGGGACAAUGCCCUGACAGCUGAGGCCUCCGGGGAGCCCCAGCCCUUUGAAAAGGGACCUGCCUUCUGCAGCCCACCCCGGGAAAUGGUAUCUGAGGCUCCGGAGGCCGAGGGGCAGCCCCAUCUCCUCCUGGGGCUGUUUUUGGGGGUCUGGCAGGGCCAGGCUGGGAACAUGAAGCCCUGGGAGGCCCCCGGGAGGUGGGGGGCUGAACAUGGUGGUCACUGCUCCCCGUUCCCAGGGCUCAGGGCUGGUUCCCCUGGAGUGGCGGCUGCAGGCCACCCUGACCCCGCCUGCCAACCGCAGGGCCUGUGCCCCACCUCAGCACGACUGCCAAGAAGGGCCCUGGGGACCUCCCCUAAGCGCUCCCCGGGGGACUUCCCAGCCCGGAGCACCAGCUUCUCUGUCCUCUGCUUUCCUGGACCCUCCUUGGGCGGGCAGAGCCUCGGUUCCCCCCAGCGGGGGCUUCCCCAGCAUUCUGCACUUGGGGUUUCUUAGGUCACCCCCACCUCCCAGACAGUCCACUAGACCAGCACAGGGCUCCCCACCCCCACCGCCCGCCCUCCUGGCUGCCCUGACCUCUGGGGCCGGGCGUUCACGAGUACUUGACCCAGGAGGCAGCUUAACUGAGCCUUAAUAGAGAAAUCAUACUUCGUUCUAGUUUUUUUUAACGUACUGGCAGUUGUGCCCGGACUGCUGUUGGCUGUCGUUUCUUUUCUCAAGAGAUGGGUUCUGAGUUCUCCCCCGGGGCCCAGGGCUCAGUCACUUGGGGCCCCUAGGGGUCCAUGGACAGGCAUAGGCCCUGUGUCCGGAGGGGCAGCUGGGAGCAGAGGUCUGGCAGGAGUCUCCAAGGCUGUGGCGCUGGCCACCAACUGUCCCAGCAGGGGCAGAGGAGAGGGGCCACUUGCUUCUCCAGCCGGGGGCCCUCGCCGUGGAGGCACUGCAGGAGACCCUUGCAGGGCCCGGCAUGCUAAGCAGAAACCCACUUCCUUCUUGGUUUUUAAGUUAAUUCAUUUUGCACAAAACCCCCAAAGCAACCAAAUCUCAUCAGUUGUUUGCUGGUCCCCAAGGGGAGGAGGCUGAGUGGGCAGGGCUGUGCUUGGAGCCCCGGGUCCCUUUUCUGUCUGUAGAAGGCCUUUAUUUUCCGGGUCGCCCCUCUCUGCACCCCUUUCCGUCUGCUUCCUUCCUACCGGGCCAGUGUGUCGGCCCGGUGUCCCCUGAGUUGUGUAGCCCCUAGACUUCUAGGACCGCCUGUUGUACACACCUAUAAAUACCUGUGUUUUAUGUUGAUAGAGAUAUAUAUAUACUGUAAAUAGCAUAUAUACUUGAGCAAUAUAUACGUUAAUAUAUUCUCUGUGCAGGGCGCGGGCACAGACCUCCCCCGCCUGUGUGCCCGUGGUGGGCACGAGGCCCCGCCCAUUGUGCUGGUCGUGGCCUCGGGCAAAGGGUUGCACCAGCGAGUAUUUUUGAGCCUGGACAAUGCGAUUAUGCCACAUCGGUGGGUCCCGCCAGCUUCCCUGGAGAGAGGACAAAACCAGCAGCCCACAGAGCCUGCCACAGGGCGGAGUGGAGGGUCAGCCCUGGCCUGGAUCUGCUCCCCGCCUCCACCUCGGCCACGGUCCCUGGACACCCGUGUUGUACUGGAGGGGGACGUUGGUCUGGAGGAGCGGUUGGGACUUGUUUCUGACAGAGUGUCCCCCGCAGUAUUACAUGAGCACCUGGCCUGCUGCUCGGCCACGCUCCGGCCUUCCCUCCUCGGGCGGCUCCUUUCCUGGUGGCCCCUUCCUUCUCUGAAUUCUUUUUAUUCGCAAGCUUAGGAAUCCUGGGGAGAGGCUGGGAGGAGGGCCCUGCUGCCCCUGGGGGAGCUGCCCCAGCAUCCCGCUGCUUGGCCACGGAGCCCCUGGGAUCGCCCCUACCCAGCUGUGUGCGAGGAAACGCUUUUCUGUUCUCCGUGUGUAGUGUAGCCAGUGUGGUCCCCAAAGCCCUGGCAAAGGGGCGCACACCCUUGACCUUUCCCUCCAGAGGCCCACACGUUCCUGCAGAGCCCUGCCGGGCUAUUGAGUGCCCGUGUCCCCUGGGGGUCAUCGGCAGAGACGAGCGUGGGGGUCGGGGAGGGGACGGUGCCCUUCCCCUUGCCCUGGCCAGGGACACAGCUCGGCUCCCGGGCCUGGGCAUGUGCGUCUCAGCCUCUCCAAUGAGGAAAGCGGGACACCACCCUGACCUCGCCCCCACCCCAUCCCUGUCCAAGGCCCAGGAUCCGGGGAGGGAGCAGUGACCGCCGGUUCCCAGGGACAGGGAUCCCUAACGCUGACUCCAUAACGACCCCUCGCCACGAUUUGGAGGGCCCUGGGCCCCCCAGCCACCAGCACCCCUACUACCGGCCCAGGCAGAGGUCCCUGGUGGGAAGAGGGGGGGACGUGAGCGGGCCGCCUCGGUGCCGGCAGGAGGGGCCUCUGUCCUGCUGAGGGAAGCGGGUGUCAGAGGCGGGGCGGUCAGGAGGGGAUCGUGGCAGGUGGGAAGUGCCCAGUCCGAGCCCGGCGCCGCAGCCCGCUGCGUGGUUUUCAGAGGGGGCCCUGAGCACCUGCCAGCGUAUUUCCCUGGCAGACCGUCAGGGGUCCCAAGGUCACCCUGGCCACCUGCUGAGCCUCUGGGCUGGACAUGGGCCCUUCCCACCCUCAGCUGGAAGGGACUGGCAUGCUCCCAGGGGACCACAGAGCCCCGCAAGCCUGCUGGGACGGGAACCUGAUGUCGCUCUCUGAGUGAGGGCCGCCAGGCUGGCGAGCGGGCACCGACAGGCUCUUCAGCUUCUUGGGUUUCUGGAGGAGCUGUGGGCAGGCGGGGUCAGGCCUGGAGGGAGGGAACUGACACAGUGGCUGCUGGGGUCACCCAAGGAGGGACGGCGGCGGGAGGGAGCCCCGUGUAGCUGGAUAGCCUGUUCCUGCAUUUCGAAGCUUGUCCCAGGUAUUUUUCUUUCAAGUUAGAAGCAGCAAAACCACAAGCCCAGCUGGCCCUGGCCCUGGCCCUCUUCGCGGGCCGAGGGUCGAGGCUGCCCUCCUGGGGAGGCGGCGGAAGCAGAGCUGUGGCGAAUGUGGUUCUUACGCAUGCGUGUGGGCGUGCGUGUGUGAGAGAGCGUGAGUGCGUGUGCCGGGCCGACUGGGUGAGGGGACUGGCUCAGUGUUUGGAGUGUCCAGGCCACGUCGACAGAGGUGACGCGAGGGGGGGUGGCUGGCUUAAAGCUGGAGGGUGAGGGUGCUGUGCUGCACCUACCCUGUGAGGGGCAGAGGUGUCCCUCGUCCGGGCCUGGCCCUCCGUGCAGCCAGCCUGACCUGGCCGUGACCUCCUCCCUGUGUGGGUGCCUCAGACCUCCCAGGAUUUAUGGGAACAGGUUCUAGGAAGGGACCCGCGCAAAGGGUGCGUCGUGGAAAUGGCAGAGCCCAGUUCAGGGGGAUAAAAAGCAGGCCAAGUUCAGGUCCCAGGACAAGCCAAGCCCGCUUUGUUUUUCUUUCCCCUGCCUCAGUUUGCCUAUAUUGAGAAAACGGCCCAGGAAUAAUUGAGCACGCUCGGCUCCGAAACAGGAAGGGUCUGAGGACAGGAAGUCACCCCCAAGCCCUCUUGCUCUAUGCCAAAAUCAUUUCCGUUACCCCGAGGUGGGGGAGAAGGAGGGGUGCGGGGCACUCCUGCCCGAGGCCCCCUCGCCCACACCCGGCAUGCCGUGCCCGGGUCACCAGCAGCAGCAGCGAGUGGGCUGGAGUGAGUCCCUAGGCCUGGGUGCCGGCGACAAGUGGCAGGCGGACCCCACCCCCGGGGCCCUCACGCUUACUUCCUUUGUCAAACCCUCGAGAUUCACGUACUGUAUGAUGGAGAGAAAAAAGUACCUAAUGUUCCCCCCAAAAGACAGUAUAUUUUGUACUUUGUAAAGUGUUCAUUAAAAUGAAAGGGAAAAAGUAA